CCCGCGAGCACUGUUAGACGUGGCAGUUCACUGAGCGCUCCCGGGCGGGGAGAGCGAGCGAGCGGGAGAGGCGGGAGCCUGGAGCCGGCUGCCACGCUCUCCCUCCCUCUGACAAGCGCCUGCUGGACCCGCUUGGAACGGCGCGACCCGCGGAGCAUCCGCGCGGCGAGAAGGGCGGACGGGAGCGCGGGAGACUGGCCAGGUGAGGGGGCCACCUGUGCCCAGGUUUUCCAUCAGAAAUAAAUCACUGCUAAAAUGAAUCAGCAAGGAUAUGUUGCAACACCUCCAUAUUCUCAGCCCCAGCCAGGAAUGGGGGGAUUCUCUGCUGGUUUGGGGCAACCUGCUUCUUCACAUAUGUAUGGACACUAUGGUGAUGUAAACUCAUCUUCUGCAUCUCAGUCAGCUAUGUUGAAACCUAAUGUGCCUUUCGGGUCUGCUGCUCCCAUUGGUUCACCAUCUCCUAGUGCUCACCAGUUUAACCAAACCAAUAUCCAGAAUGGGCCCAGCGCUACAGCACAACAAUCACAGAGGUUUCCACCUUCUGCACCUUCCUUCCCCCCGUACAGCCAUCCAUCCCCGUCCUCCUAUCCAAACAGUCCGCCCCCUUCUUCUGCACAGCUGGCCAAUCAGCUUGGCAACAUGCAAAUAAAUAAUUAUGGUCCUGGUAACGCCCCAAACACACCUCCUUGCAUGUCUUCUGGCCUCCCACCACCUUUGCAAGCUCCACCACCUCGACCACAUCAAAUGGCCUUGUCGUCUGGUCCUCAGAUUUCUUCACCAGCAAGUAAUUUGACCAGUCACUGCGCUCCACCUUCAAUGGCCAGACAGGAGGGGAUCCCUGGCUCAAACCCACCGAACACCAAUUUGCCACCACAACUCACAAGCCAGCCCACAGGCCCUGGGUUUCCUCCCCAGUAUGGAAAUUAUGGUCCUCCAAUGGCAGGUGCACAGUUGUCUUAUCCAGGGGGGCUCCAAUCAGGUCCAGCACAAUUGGCUGGACCACAGCAGAAGAAACUAGAUCCUGAUUCCAUUCCAAGCCCGAUCCAGGUUAUCGAAAAUGACAAAGUGUCCAGGGGAGGUCAAAUCUAUGCUACCAACAUUAGGGGUCAAGUCCCUCCUCUAGUUACUACAGAUUGUGUGAUCCAAGAUCAAGGUAAUGCCAGCCCUCGCUUCAUUCGAUGUACCACAUACUGCUUUCCUUCAUCUUCAGAUCUGGCGAAACAGGCUCAAAUUCCGUUAGCUGCUAUCAUCAAACCGUUUGCCAAUGUUCCAUCAAAUGAGACACCCCUUUAUGUGGUAAAUCAUGGUGAAACAGGACCUAUUCGAUGCAACAGGUGCAAGGCUUAUAUGUGCCCCUUCAUGCAGUUCAUUGAGGGUGGAAGACGAUAUCAGUGUGGAUUUUGUAACUGUGUGAACGAUGUUCCUCCAUUCUAUUUUCAACAUCUGGAUCACAUUGGCAGAAGAAUAGACCACUACGAAAGGCCAGAGUUAUCUCUAGGAUCAUAUGAAUACAUUGCUACUUUGGAUUAUUGCAAGAACAACAAGCCUCCACAGCCGCCAGCCUAUAUCUUCAUGAUUGAUGUUUCCUACAAUAACAUAAAGAGUGGCCUUGUUAAACUUAUCUGUGAGGAACUGAAGACUGUAUUGGAUAGACUUCCAAGGGAGGAGCAAGAGGAGGCUUCAACUAUUCGGGUUGGAUUUGUCACCUACAACAAAGUCCUCCAUUUCUUCAAUGUAAAACGCAAUCUUGGCCAGCCUCAGAUGAUGGUGGUCACUGAUGUCAGUGAAGUGUUUGUCCCUUUACUGGAUGGCUUCCUCGUCAACUUUCAGGAGUCAAAAGCUGUCAUAAACAACUUGCUGGACCAGAUUCCAGAGAUGUUUACAGACACUAAUGAGAGUGAGACUGUCUUUGCUCCUGUUAUCCAGGCUGGCAUGGAAGCGCUAAAGGCAGCAGAGUGUGCUGGAAAGCUGUUUAUCUUCCAUUCUUCCCUGCCGACUGCAGAAGCACCAGGGAAGCUGAAAAGCAGAGAUGAUAGAAAAUUGGUCAAUACAGAAAAAGAAAAGACACUGUUUCAACCCCAGACAAAUAUUUAUGAGACCCUGGCCAGAGACUGUGUCGCUAGUGGCUGCUGCGUGGAUCUGUUCCUUUUCCCAAACCAGUAUGUUGAUGUAGCCUCCAUGGGCCUUGUAACAAUGCACACUGGAGGAACUCUGUACAAAUACAACAAUUUUCAGGUCCAUUCUGACAGCCCCCAAUUUCUGAACGAUCUCAGGAAGAGUAUAGAAAAAAAGAUGGGAUUUGAUGCUAUCAUGAGGGUUCGUACUAGCACAGGUUUCAGGGCUACAGACUUUUUGGGAGCUGUUUACAUGAACAACACCACGGAUGUCGAAAUGGCAGCAGUAGAUUGCGACAAAGCAGUGACAGUAGAGUUCAAGCAUGAUGACAAGUUGAAUGAAGACAAUGGAGCUUUAAUCCAGUGUGCCGUUCUCUACACAUCGAUGAGUGGUCAAAGACGACUGCGUGUACAUAAUAUUGGCCUUAACUGCAGCUCCCAGUUAGCUGAGGUCUACAAGAGCUGUGAGACCGAUGCGCUUAUAAAUUUCUUUGUUAAAACAGCUUACAAAGCCAUUAUCAGCCAGCCAUUGAAGACUGUCCGUGAGAUCCUGGUGAACCAGACAGCUCGCAUGUUGGCAUGCUACAGAAAGAACUGUGCUAGCCCAUCUGCAGUGAGCCAGCUUAUCCUUCCGGAUGCAAUGAAGGUGCUCCCAGUCUACAUGAACUGUCUCCUGAAAAGCUGCGUGCUGAUAGGCAAACCCGAGAUUCCCACGGAUGAAAGAACUUUUCACCGACAACUGGUCAUGUCAAUGGACGUUGCUGGCACCCAACUUCUGUUCUAUCCACAGCUUCUGCCAAUUCACUCUAUGGAUGUAAAAAGCGACGUGUUCCCCUCUGCUGUUCGCUGCUCCGAAGAACGUCUGUCUGAAGGAGGACUAUUCUUGCUGGCAAAUGGGGUACACAUGUUCUUGUGGCUGGGAGUCAGUGCCCCACCAGAGCUUAUCCAGGGGAUAUUUAAUGUGCCCUCCUUUGCACAUGUCAGCACAGAGGCUACACUUCUUCCUGAAGUGGACAAUCCCUACUCUAAGAAACUGAGAUCAAUGAUUGAUCAUCUGCAGAGCAAAACACCUUAUUCCAUGAAGAUCCUGAUUGUGAAGCAAAGGGAGCAAGCAGAAAUGGCUUUCAAACAAUUCCUGGUUGAAGACAAGAAUAUUUAUGGAGGAGCUUCUUACGUGGAUUUCUUGUGUUGUGUUCAUAAAGAGAUCUGUCAGCUGCUCAACUAAUGGAUGCUUGAAUUUUAAUUCUCUUUGCAUUUUGUCAAAAGGGACUAUUCUUAAGUGACCAACCACCAGAAGGUGCUUUUUAACGCUACUUUUUUGUACAGUUUCUAAUUUCAUACACUAGUGCCCCUUUUCAUAAUAAUGUAGCAUAGGCAAGUCUGCGCUCAGGUAUAACUCCUAUGGGAGAGCAUUUAUUGUUCUUUAAAAGGAAAAAUAUUUCUUAUGGCAAGAUCUGGAAUCCUGGAAUCUUUCAAUGCUUAAAAGCGUGUGGUUUUCAUUUCAUAAACUUUCAAUAAAUUGCAAAGCAUUAUAAAGUUGUUACCUUUGAUUUUUAGUGCUCAUGAACUGAUCGUUUUGUUCUCAGCCCUGUUAUGGUCUAUUUACAGUUUCUUGAGUUGAUACACAUUUAAGUAACUGUUCUUUUCGCUUUGUGUGCUGUGAUGCACCAUGGUAACCAAAAUAUCAAGGAGUUGGAGCACUUUCCUUAGGAUGAAAGGCUUAAAAACAGGGGUAACAGACACGGUGUCCUCCAGACAUUGUAAUUCCCAUCACUGACCAUUGGCCGUGUUGGCCGAGACUGAUAGGAGUUGUAGGCCAACAUCUGGAGACCAUACUGCCUGCUCCUGUUGCUUAAAGCAUUUGUGGCGGAUAAAACAGAGAAAGUGGGCAAAAGUUUUUCUCCCUCUUGUAACGUUAGGACUUUUAGUAACUCAGUGAAUGGCUGCUGUAACUAGGUAGGUCUUUUAGUUUCAGCCAGCAGGGUGCUACUUAUGCACUAAACCAGUGGUUCCCAAUUAUUGCAGUCCUCUUGUUUUUCUGAAGCCAAGCUCUGGACCUCCUACUUUUGAAAAAUGUUGAUACGUAUAUCUGGAGUAGUUUUUGCUUUGUGAAUGGUGCCACGAUACCCUCCAACAUGUCCCAGUGCAAAACUGGAAUGCCAUCUUCUGUGCUGCACUCCCACAUGAAUCACAUUACCCACACGAAAGCACAGCGCCCCAAAAAUGUGUGGUUUUGGGUGCCGCAAUCUCAUGUGUUUGGGGGCGAAAGCACAGCCCCCAAAAGCAGGCUGUCCCGGACCAUUGACAGGUAUGUUCCAUGGACUCACUGGGUGGGUUAUGUGGACCCCCAAUUGGGAACCACUAAAUUAAACUGUUAGUUUAGGACACUUUUUCUUAACAGCUUGAUACGUUUUCCAUCUUCAUCUUGGUCUAUCCUGUGUUCUGUUGCAUCGUAACAGAAACAGUAUUUCAUAGUCUUUUAUUACAAGAGGCCACUAUCGCUAUACUACACUGUUCUUGCAAAAGGACCCUACCUGCCCAGACUUAAGUGUCCAUGAUGUAGUCCACCUUCAUGUUUCCAUAAGUGCCUCUAGGAAGUGCAUAAAGGACAUUAAGCCAUCUCCUGGUGUUCAUCCCAAGCUUCUGGUGUUUGAAGUAUAUUGUCUCUGAUUAUGAAUUUUCGUUCAGCUGUUGAUGGAUGUAUAUGAAUGUCUGAUUCUUUUAAAAAGCCAUCUAAAUUUGUAGAACGUAAGAUUCUUCAGAAGCUGGAAAUUACUACCUUGAGAAAUAAACUAUUACUUUAGUCCUACA